CCCGUCGACAACAAAAUGGACCCAUUCAAGGAAUCGAUGGCAAACCUGCUGCGCGUCAUGAGGACCGUAAAAGAGGUGGCAGAUGCACAUCUUGAACUGGCGAGGACGCUGGGUAACCGAGCUGACGAUGUUGUUACGAGAUUCGCCCGGGACGUGCUUUCCCAAAUGCCGGUCGUGCAAGGAAGUGUUGAUGAACCGAUGGGCGACGAUGCUAUAAAUAUUGAAGGAAGUGCCUCCAGCGCAUGCUUUCCAAUGACGAGGUCACUAGUAGAGCCGUCACCACAGGAUAAGAUAGUGGUCGGGGCGCGAGCCCUGAUUCGGAGCAAUCUGAUCAACCGCCCUAGCUUGCCACCACAUCUCCGUCCACCAUCGAGUCUGAGUGAUAUGGGUCCACCUCCAAUAACGCCGUUCCGUUUCGGUCACCCUUCACAGGUUGACGAGCUUGAAGAGAUAGACGAUAGCCACGACGGCUUCUCGUCCAGAUUGCUGUUCCCCACCAAAACCCAACCCGAGUUGCGAGGGAAAUCUCUUGCUAUUCCCUCAUUACAUGCCGCGAGAAGUCGCCAGAAGGACACCGAACAUCUCAUCGACAAAAAAUUGGAUGUGCCGACACCAUCAUCACCCAAACAGGAUUUAAGGGCCUCAAUACCACCAGCUCUGAGCUCGCAUCGACCGUUUCGGAGGACGCAUAAGAGCCUUACUCUUUCGUUUGGUGCACCGGCAAUUCAGGCUUGA